CGAGAUCGCCAGAAAGCAACUGCAAGUGCAACAGAAUCAUUCGAUACAACCGAAAAACCAAUAGCUGAUCUGUCGGUCGACGAACCGACGAUCGCUGGUGAUAAAUCCGAACAGAAAAGUAGUGAAGCACCAACACAUGAAUUCCGAACAACUGAAGAGGACACUUUACCUCCGGAAGUAA